AUGGGAGAUUCCUAUACGGCCACUUUCCCUAACGGGAAUGGACUCCUGUCUCCUUCAGCAAGCCCUCAAGCUUCCACCACUUACAGCAAUGAUUACAGCCCGUUCUCCCAUUCCUUCCCAGCCUCCCCAACAUCUCAAGACCCAUCAUCCCUGUUGGUAUCCAAAGGGCACCCUUCCUCCGACUGCCUCCCCAGUGUCUACACCUCUUUGGACAUGGCACACCCUUAUGGCUCCUGGUACAAAGCUGGCAUCCACCCGGGCAUCUCCACCGCCUCUAGCAACCCCACGGCUUCCUGGUGGGACAUGCACUCCAACAGCAACUGGCUGAGCUCCCAGCCCCAGUCAGAUGGACUUCAGAGCUCCUUGCAGACCAUGCCCAGCCAGGCUCCCAUCAGCCCCCAGCUGCCCAGUUACACUUCCGAAUUCACCACCUUAAACCCUGCUCCAUACCCGGCUGUGGGCAUCACUUCCUCGUCGCACCUUCUCCCUUCAGGUCAACAUGUGCUGCCCCAAGAGAUGUACAAGCCCAAGCCGGUGGCCAACAACUCCCUGAUGGAAGGUGGGAUCGGACUGAAGUCCGGAAGAGGCAGCUCCUUUGGGAGUACGGCAGGCCGGUCGACCUGCGACUGCCCCAACUGCCAAGAGCUGGAGAGGCUCGGGGCCUCGGCAGCCAGCCUGCGGAAGAAGCCCAUCCACAGCUGCCACAUCCCGGGCUGCGGGAAGGUCUACGGGAAGGCCUCGCACCUCAAGGCCCACCUGCGGUGGCACACCGGGGAACGCCCCUUCGUCUGCAACUGGCUCUUCUGUGGCAAGCGUUUCACCCGCUCGGACGAGCUGGAGCGCCACGUCCGCACCCACACCCGGGAGAAGAAGUUCACCUGCUUGCUAUGCAAUAAGCGCUUCACCCGUAGCGACCACCUCAGCAAGCAUCAGAAGACCCACAAUGAGAUGGGGGUAGGGAAGCCCCCCGAGGGCGAAGCAGAACGGGAAGAGGCGGCCGCAGUGGCCGGUUCUCCCAGUGCUGCCUUGCAGGACGGCCUCCCUGGAGACGAGAAAGACGCCACCAGCCCAGAGCAGAGCAACCUGCUGGAGAUCUAG